AUGUCAUUCUUCAAAGAAAUCCAGGCAUUAGAGAAAAUAGGACAACCAAUAAAUCCUGCCAGCAGAAUCAUCACCCUCAAUCCGUUUAUCGACGGCAAAGGUAUACUGAGAGUGGGCGGACAAAUGCAGAAUUCAUCCUUAACAUUUUUUCAAAAACACGGUGCCAUUUUACCAAAAAACAACCAUGUAACUGACUUGAUCAUUCAACAUGAACAUUUGUCACACCUCCACGCUGGAGUGCAGAUGACUCUCUACGCACUACGACAAAAUUAUUGGCCAGUGGAUGAUCGAAAUCAAGUCCGGAAAAUUAUACGCAAAUGUCAUCUUUGUUGCCGUGCAAACCCACCACCUACCAAUUAUAUAAUGGAGAAUCUUCCAAAGGCCCGAAUAUCAGGAGAUAUACGACCAUUCAUUAAUGUUGGCGUGGACUACUGUGGGCCUUUCUACAUCAAAGAAAAAAAAAUACCGCAAUAG